AUGUGCAAGAAGUUCCAUAAGAUAGAGUUCAAACACGUCCCAAGGAUCCAAAAUGAGUUUGCAGAUACUUUGGCCACUUUUUCUUCCAUGAUCCAACAUCCAGAUAAGAAUUACAUUGAUCCUAUUACUAUUCACGUACAUGAACAGCCCGCACAUUGCUUCUAUGUUGAAGAGAAAUUGGAUGGAAAUCCAUGGUAUACAAACAUACAGAGGUAUUUGAAAAGUAGAGACUAUCCUGAGAAUAUGACAAGUGUCCAAAAAUGUACCAUUCAGAGGCUAGCCAACCAAUUCUUCCUAAAUGGAGAAAUCCUGUACAGGAGGACUCCUGAUUUAGGAUUACUAAGAUGUGUCGAGGCCGAAAAGGCGUCUAGGCUGAUUGAAGAAGUACAUGCCAGAACAUGCAGUCCACAUAUGAACGGCUUCAUGUUGGAAAAAAGAUAUUAA